AUGGCUCGUCCACUUCAAGUUCCCUACGAACCGGAGUAUGAGACGCUUACAUCUCCCAGUACAAAUACUCCAGUGGCACCACAAAGCGGAACUCCAGUUUCGUUCAAAACAAAUGUUAACCGCGCAAAGACCAAACGUUGGGUUGAGGCGAAGAAAUAUUCGUACGACGGUAAUGACUGGGGUGACGAUGAGUACGAGGAAUACGAUGAUGAGCCGCCACCAAUGCCCCAGCCGGCAAGCUUCAGCCAGAGCACCAACGACCUGUCCAGAAUAGGUCCUCGGGAUCCGUCGAGGCCCCCGCUACCCAGCAUGGACCGAUCACGCUCAAUGGAUCAGGUGGCAACGCUCGGUGUAGGACCUGCUGAAAGUCGCAGUCGGUCGGCAGACCGCAAUGCUGUCGAGGGCACUGCGGGCAGUGCUCCCUCGAACAAGCCUCUGCCUUUCGUGCGACCUGCCGACAUCUACAAACGCAUGCAAGAGAGACGCCAACAGUCUCCAGAUACCCCUCGGAAUGACAGUUCCUCCGGUGUGGGCCGUUCCCAUCCUGAACCUGUCUCUACGUCUCAGCUGCCUGCCACCGCGCACCACGAACUUCAACCGGGGCCGGUAUCUAAUGCGCCGAACGAUGUCGGUCACGGCAAGGUCGACGACUCAAGUGCCACUCCAAGAACCGCGCCUCGUGCCGCAAGCCUUGAGCUCCCCGAUGUCAGGCGACUUUCUGGCUUCGACGCUGACUUUUUGGCUUCGGAUUCAAGCGUGCAGAAAGAGCAGAGCUCUGACCCUCAACAAACCCAUCAGCUGCAGCACAACCCGUCGCUCGGGUUCCGUUCAGUUGUACACCAAGCAUUCGACGUUCCCGACACUCCAAGCACCACUGUUGACAGCGUUGCACGAUCCAAUAGUGACAGCACGUCGGUCAUCAGUCCCAUUAUAGGUACUCGCGGUCCGAACGAAGAAAAGACGCCAACAAUCGUGGAGGAGCCGGGUGAAAUCUCAACACCGAAAGACACCAACGACCAGGCCAUGGUAUUUAAGCCUGGUCAUCGUCGAGAUCUUAGCCUUCCCAGCCCGGGUAACAGCCCUUCGAGGAAACCGAUUAUCAAUAACAGCGCCGAGGCAACUCCUCCGUCUGUGCUGGCAGAGAUGUCGUCGGAGACGCCUUCAGACUCCCCUCGAGACAGUUCCUCUUCAUUUCACCAGCCACUGCCACAUAGAGCCUCUGUGCUACUGCCUCAGACUGGUUCCGACAGGGAUCUACCAGCGCCCCUCAACUUUGGCGCAAACCCGCCUGCCGAUUCCCCCAUCAAAAGCCAUGAAGAAAUUCCAGUUAUCAUCCCUUCAAACAGCGCCGAAACCUCGCCUCAGGACACCGAGAGUGAUCGGUUGAGAAAGGAGAUAAUUCGCUCCUUGAGCCGGGAAACCACACCUUCAGCGGAAACAGAGCAGCAAAAUCCUACCAGGCCGGAGACUGCUCGACAAGACACAGAGACCAGUCGACAAGACAGUCUGAUACCCAGUGAAUACGAAAGAUAUUGGAGCGAGCAAGUCGAAUCAAGCCCUCAGGAUUUAAGGCCGCCAGCCCCUGUCUACGGUGCUUCUCAGAAUGCUUCGCAGCAGGAUCUGUACUCCAGUUCGCCUAUGGGCACUCCGGCACCGGCUGUUCCUGCUCAGCCUACUUCAGAACCUAAGUUGAAACGACGGUUCUCGUGGGAAUCAUCGUCCUCGGAUGAGGAGGUACCUCCGGUGGACUUGCAGGCGGCCUCGCCGUCGGCUAUUCCAAUUCCAGGACAAUUCCCUGUGGCAAACGAUACGACCGAGCUAGCGCCAGAGACUGUGCCCAACGAGACGGAGAUGGCAACAGAUAGAGGCCACGAAGGUGACCUCCAGCAGACACCUGAGAAGCCUAAACUCACUCUAGUGACUCCUGCUGCCAUGGAAAAUAGCAGGGACUCGAAUGAAAGCUACCUGCCCGAAGUUGUCAAUCGUCAAAGUAUGGAGCAGCGAUCCCCGUUGCCUGAGCCCAAGAUGCCGCCCACGGUGGAGCCGACGUUAUUGGGCUUCCGUGACAUUAUGGGUAUUCAAUCUUCCGAUGACCGAGUGCGAGCUUUUGACCGUACACGGGACCAGUUCGCGACAAUCGAUACUGGUUUGAAGAAUUGGUUACAGGUGGUGAUUCGUGCCCAUCCGGAACACAUGGAUAUUGUGGAGCAGAGCAUGAAGGCUCCCUCUGUCGAGCCUAAAGCGGUCGUAUCCAAGGGGAAAUUCCCGAAGCUGUCGUCUCUUGGGCACUUCACCUCAUCGAACCAAGAUGGCCCUCCGCCCGGAUCGGGCCACGCACGACGUCCAUCUGCCCCGCUUGGUUCGAUAAUGAACAAACAACAGGUCGAGCAACGCGGAAAGGACCUGUUACAAACGGCGGGAGCCCUGGGCGGCCGAGCAGGCGAGGCCGCCAAGGGUCUCUUCGCCAAGGGCAGAAAUAAGCUGAAAAGAGGAGAGUCAGACAAGGGAUUCUACCGGGUGCACGGUUAUCGCAGAGAAAUCCAGCUUUCAGACUUUCAAUCUGCCAUAGACCAAAAUGAGGCUGAGAGGAUGACUCUCAAGCGCAAUACUGUGCAGUUUGCGAGUUUACCCAUCAUCAGACGGACAGGAGACCUGACCAAGUCGUCGCAACUGCGCUGGGAUGUGGAGCCACAGCAGGCAGCGGCAAGUGAGGGUAGACGACGAAGUGCUGAUGAUAUCAAUAUAGCAUUUUUACAUCGCCAAAUGAAUACACAGGGACGUAUACUUAGAAAGCCAUUGCCCAGCGAGAUGAUGGUAAGCUCGCAUUGCACGGCGCUGUCGAGCUCUUCUGCCUUACAAGCUCAAUUGCCGAGCAUUUUGAGAAGAAAAACAGUGUCGACAAGGACAAAGAUAGAUCGAAAGCCUCUAAAAAGCGACGAUAAGCGCCCAUUCCCUGUCGAUGCAACCGUAGCGACUCUAGCGACAGACUAUUGCGUGGACUCGAACUGUGGGAAAGAGGCUGGCCUUGCACAAGCAAACGCCAAGCCACAGGAACGAGCGACAAGAUCACCAAUAAAAAUUGCGAUUGACGAUGGAAAGAUGAGUGCUGGUGGUGCAGAAGACGCAGAAGACGCAGACGCACCGCCACCUGCGGGCGCUCAUCUUCUAGACCGUGACUGGCGGGGCUUAGAGCAAUCCCCCGUCGACCUUGCAACUAGUACAAGGCUCUCUGUUCCACCUCCUCUUCGUCGCAUAAGCAUUCCCUCCAUCUCCUCGCUGGGCACCCUGGAGGCGUAUUCGGGCCUGCAGCCAUCAUCCAGGCCGGGACCGGCACGGCCGUCCCAAUCUGCAAGUGCAAGAGCAGAGAUUAGUCUUAAUCUUAUUGGCGUCGGUCAACCCGAAAAUCUUAAUCCCAGCGACAUGCUGAGUCCGGCGAAUCAAACGCCUGUUCCUAGUGUUGCUGGCACGGCUACCACUCCGAGUACCGGCCUCAGCCGUUGGCAUGCUCGGAAGAGCCGCUUGAGCGGUGAUGAGGCUGAAAUUUUCACUCAUUCCAGAGGCGUCAGCCGUUCGUCUGUGACUCCUGGUUUUUCUUAUGAAUCCGGUUCUGUCGCUGGCUCAAGCAGCCCGCGGACAGGUUCAAAUGCACAGGUCUCGCAGGAUGACCUCUUUGACGCUGAUCUGGCUUCAAGGGGAUCGCCUCAACGGAAGCUAGCAUCUCCCAAGAGCAAACCGCCCGUGGAGAUGUUUAGGUUGUUCAGACGGAAUCGAGGUCCCUCGUUCUCUGAUGAGCCUUCGCCCAAAACUGACCGGUCGCGUCGCGGAGCUUUUGAUAGGCUGGGUGCAUGGUUCGGUCGCUCUCAACAGCAACAGCAAAAUAAGACUCAUGCGCAUGGACGAGCUCCCGAGUCGUCUGUUGCGCAGACAAUGGAAUGGCUUCGUCCGGUUUCCUCGCAUCCAGCACCGGGGCAUACACGCUUCUACUCAGACGACCGGACUGGUCGUGGUCGGCGCCGAUCAAACGUGGAGAGUCAGACAUCGUUCGAGGGACAACAUCCGCCGGCAGAGGGAUACUUUGCGCCCGAAUCCUUCUCUCGCUUCAGACGCUCGCCCCGGGCCUCCAGGAGCAGUCAGCACUUAGCAGCGGCAGCACCAGCAUCUCUAUCUCAGCAACCUGACGGCCGGCUCGCUCCACCAGAUAGACUGCCGUCACCUGCUGGCUCCUUUUCAUAUAGCGGCAGGGUCUCCCCCCAAUCAGCACCACCUCCUCCACCACACCUCCAACUUCAUCACCAACAACAACAACAGAUGACACUACCACCAAGCCCCCAUCAUCCCCAACUCUCUCCCCAACUCUCUCCACCCCCACAUCUCACCUCUCCCAUCCCCCCAGCUAUCCCCCGCACCCCGCCCUCCCGCCGCCCCCGCGUCGCCCGCGCCUACGCCCAAGCCCCCCACUCCCGCUCCCCCCCCCCCCCCACCCCCCAACUCUCUCCACCCCCACAUCUCACCUCUCCCAUCCCCCCAGCUAUCCCCCGCACCCCGCCCUCCCGCGGCCGCAGCGUCGACCGCGCCUACGCCCAAGACCUCCACUUCCGCUCCCGCAGCCCCAAGACCUUCCCCCCACGGCCCGAAGAACGCAGCUACCCAAGCACCGACACCUCCGACCCAGCCAACAACCUAGGGACCUUCCGCAGCAACCCACGCACCAGCCGCAUCGGCGACCAGGAACUUCCCUGGAAACUCACGCUGCCGAGCGACUCGGACGAGGAGCACGGCGCCCGCGCAACCGCAGGCGACGGGGAGGGAAGCUGGCUGGAGAGUACCACGGAGCGGCUCCUGCAGUCCUCGCGGCCGACCUACGAGGAGGACUCGGAGGUACACGGGCAGCCGCAGCAGCCUGUUGUUGCGGAUGAGAAGGCAGCGGAGGAGCAAAGCGGGGACCAGAGUCGCGAGCAAGUGCAAGGACAAAUGCAGGGCCAGCGCCAGCGCCAUCCGCACCGCGGCGAGGCGAGGGCGGUUAAUUCCGACGAUGCACCGGUGGAACUGCCCGUGCAGCGUGAUGACGACUCGGGCGAGGAGAUCACCAUGUCAAGUACGGCGUAUCCGGGGCAGGAAUGGAGGCCGUUGGGAUUCUCCGGGUGGGAAUACUAG